AUGUCUUCUCCAAUCCGGAUUGCUAUAUCUGGUGGCGGCCUAGCGGGUGCGUCCCUCCUCUAUGCGCUCCUCCCCCAUGCGCACCUCGACGUGCACAUCUUCGAAUCGGCUGCGGCAUUCAAAGAAGCCGGGAUGGCCAUCGGACUCGCUCGAAACGCGCUCGCUGCUUUGGAUCUCAUCGGCCCGUCAGCGGCGGAAUGUCUCAACCGUGCUGGUGCUGUUCCUAUGCGAGGAGUCCGAUUCAUGCUGGCACAAGGCGACAACGCAGGUAACACGAUUGACGAAACCGAAGACGGACAACGCGUUACUAGCAUUGUUCACCGUGCUGCUCUUCUGCGAGAAUUUCUGGUCAAUGUUCCCCCAGAUCGCAUGCAUGCUUCUAGGAACCUUGACCACUUCGACCGGAACAGCGAUGGCUCUCUCACGCUUCACUUUACUGACGGGACUACGCACGAAUGUGACAUCCUCGUUGGCGCUGAUGGCAUCCGCAGCACCGUUCGGAAGUUGAUCCUUGGUGAAGAUGACCCUGCGGCCUCUCCCAGGAACACCGGCGCGUGGUGCGUCAUGGCCCUGAAACCGUACGCAGAAGCUCAAACUAGCAUCGGCAAUGGCCCUGUCAACAUUGAGGACGCCCGUGAGUAUAUGUGGAUUGGCAAUGGGACUUACCUAUUGCACAACCUAUUAAAUCAGGGCCAGUUAGUGCAAGUUGUCAUUGCUUCGCACGAAAAGGAUGCAGAGUCGUCGGACUGCUGGCAUCGGACCGUUAGCGCUGACGAGAUCAAGAAGCUCUACCAGGGUUGGCCGUCGCAUCUGUAUAAGGCAGUAGAUGAGCUGUUUUGUAAGCAGCCGGAACAACCUGGCAUGUAUCUCUGGGAGCAUCCACCGGCCAGAACCUACGUAUCCGGAUCCAUCUGCAUCAUGGGCGACGCUGCGCAUGCCACGACCCCUUGGCAGGGCUCUGGUGGAGGCAUGUCCAUCGAAGACAGUUUAAUUCUUUCCACGUUACUCGGCCGCGCCAAAACCGCUGCUGAGGCACAGACCGCUUUAAAGGUGUACGACCACGUCCGCCGCCCGCGCACGCAGCGCAUCGUUGAAUCCAGCAGAGAAAUGGGGCUGAUCGUCUCUGGUUUGAAAGAGGAGAUGGGAUUGAACUUGGAGAAAUUGAGCGAGGAGCUGUUGCCGAGGUGGGAUUUCAUUAUAGAUUUUGAUAUUGAGAAGCACCGUGAUGAGGCGGUAGAGAUGAUGGAGCGCGAGUUCAAGUCUUAG